CAGUAGCAGUGCCCUCUGUGGUUUUCGUUUUUGUAAAAUUAACAUUAAAAUUAAAUUUUGAGGUAUUAAAUUUAUGUAAAGAUACUAAAAUUAAAAUAAUAAAUUUAAUUUGUCUUUAAUGUAACGUUAUCAAGUGUUAAAACUUUAAAGCAUAUUAAACAAAUAUAUAUAUCUAAUAUUACCUUAGUAUUACUAAUUUGAAUAUCGCCGAAUACAUCUAAGUUAUUAUAAAAUAUUGCGUGGAGUGUAAUAAUUGUUAUAUCUUAUAUUUUAUUUAAUAGGAUUACAUGACCACAAAAGGAAGCUGACGCAAAAAUGUAUUUGUUAAGUGUGUUGAAGCAAUCAACACUUGUUCAUUUAUGUUUUGCUAUAUCCUACUUCACUUCAGGAUUACUGCUUAAUUUCAUUCAAGCUAUAUUAUACUUUGGACUUCGCCCCUUUAAUAAAUCUUUGUAUAGAAAAAUUAAUUACUACUUGUCAUACUCUUUUGCAUGCCAAUUAGUGUUUAUGUCAGAAUGGUGGGCUGGAACGAAAAUGUCAAUUUACGUUAAAAAAGAUGAAUAUGAUAAAUACUAUGGCAAAGAGCAUGGAUAUCUUAUAAUGAAUCACAGCUAUGAAAUAGACUGGCUUAUGGGAUGGCACUUUUGUGACGGCAUUAAAGUAUUAGGAAACUGUAAAGCCUACGCGAAAAAGUCCAUUCAAUACAUGCCACCAAUCGGUUGGAUGUGGAAAUUUUCCGAGUUCGUAUUUUUAGAACGAUCGUACGAAAAAGAUAAGGAAAUUAUUAAGCAACAGAUUGCGAAAAUUUGUGAAUAUCCAGAUCCAGUAUGGCUAUUAUUGACGCCCGAAGGUACCCGUUUUACGGAGAAAAAACAUGAAGCUUCAUUGAAGUUUGCCAAGGAAAAGAAUUUACCACUCCUCAAGCAUCAUCUAACACCCCGUACAAGAGGUUUCACGACCAGCUUACAGCAUUUCCGCGGAAAAAUACCAGUUAUUUAUAAUAUUCAAUUGGCCUUCGAGAAAGAUAGCAAGGUUCCGCCUACAUUGAUGAGUAUGUUGUAUGGAAAACCGGUGCACGCACAUCUGUAUAUUGAACGAAUACCGGUUGAGAAAAUUCCCGAGGGUGAGGCAGAGGGUGCAAAAUGGUUGCACGAUCUCUUCGUCGUAAAGGACAAAAUGAUGGAAUCGUUCAUGAAUACGGGCGACUUCUUCCAAGAGUCUGGUGUGGAGAGAGUGGAGCCGUUCUACAGACCUCGUCGUGUGUAUUCCCUUCUCAAUACCGUGGGGUGGGCGAUCGUCACACUAACGCCUAUGUUGUAUUACCUCAUGGGACUGAUUUUUAGCGGCCGAUUGAUAUAUUUAUCCAUUGGAGGGGCAAUUAUCGCUGCUUUCUAUGUUUUGCUUCAAAAGUCGAUUGGAAUGUCUCAGAUCAGCCAUGGGUCUUCAUAUGGGACAGAAAAGAAGUAACGUUAUUAAAAAUGUAGACCAAGUGAACUAUUUUUUAUACCUACUUAAAAAUUGACAAAAGUACAUGCCUAGCAUACUGAUACAUGAUAUUUGAAUGUCUAUUUAUUUUAGUGAUUGUUGAAUAUUUGUUUUAUAUUUAUUCUUUACAACACUUUAUGUUAAAAAUAGUUAAAUUUGAAACCCAAAAGGAAAUUAUUUAAUUUUGUACUAGCUGUUCAAUUGGAUGGAUUCAAAUUCUAUUUUCACACUUGGUAAGUACUGCACAAACUGAACAAAAUUUUGAAAUGUUGUAUUCUAAUAUAUUUUUUCACAGUAAAUUUUUAAUAAAAAUCCUUGAAUAUUAUAAGAAUAGUCCUUUAUUUUACAAAUGUUGCGUAUUUUAUAAUCUUAUAGGUAGCAUUGAUGUAUUUUUUUGUCUUCACAAUAAUAACCGCUAUAAUAAUAUAACGGUAGGUUCAAUAUACUUAGUACAUAAUCGUAACUUCAAAGAGAACUUUAUAGAAAAUUCAUCACAAAUGGAAAAAGCUCAAAUAAGAACAGGAUUUUUAAAUAUCUUUUUGUAGUUUAUUUUAUAUACAGGGUUACUUGUAAAACACCAGCAAUCUCGCAGGACAAGAUAGCUAACAUCGUAAGUAACAACAUUAAUUGUUCUACGACUUUUGAU